AAUUCGCGUUGCAUCUCCAUAGUAUUUUGUGUUUGUGUGCCUUAUUUGCUCCAUCGUUAUCAGACUCCAGAAGAAGAAAAGUGAUAAAACAAUGGCCAGUGAAACUGCUGCCCUUCCAGAAGUGUUGAAGAAUCUCUUCAGCCACAUCGAUGCCAACAAGGCCAAGUACAUCUCCGCUCUGUCGGAGGCAGUGGCGAUCAAAUCCGUCUCGGCAUGGCCCGAUUCGCGACCGGAAAUUUUCCGCAUGGUUAACUGGGUGGCGGACCGAUUGAAAGCGCUGGGCGCUACAGUGGAAUUGGCCGACGUUGGCAAGCAAACGUUCCCGGACGGACGGGUGCUGGAUCUGCCCAAUGUGAUCCUGGGAACGCUCGGCAAUGACCCCGCCAAAAAGACUGUCGUCCUAUACGGGCACUUGGAUGUGCAACCGGCAAUUCUGGAGGACGGCUGGGACACGGAACCGUUCGUUCUGACCGAGAAGGAUGGUAAACUGUUUGGGCGGGGUGCCAGUGACGAUAAGGGACCGGUGCUGGGAUGGAUCCAUGCCAUCGAAGCGUACCAGGCCAUCAACGAACCGCUGCCGGUGAAUUUGAAGUUCGUCUUUGAAGGUAUGGAAGAGUCCGGCAGCGAAGGGUUGGACGAGCUGCUGUACAAGCGCCAGAAUGACUUCCUGGCCAACGUGGACUUUGUGUGCAUUUCGGAUAACUAUUGGCUGGGAACGACCAAACCCUGCAUCACCUACGGUUUGAGAGGCAUUUGCUAUUUUGACGUCGAGGUCGGUUGCUCCGGAAAGGAUUUGCACAGUGGAGUGUUCGGCGGUACGGUCUACGAGGCCAUGAACGAUUUGGUGUACCUGCUGGGUACGCUGGCCGAUAAGGAAGGAAAGAUUCUGAUUCCGAAUCUUUAUAAGGAGGUCGCUCCACUGCUCCAGAAUGAACAGGAAAUGUACGAUGCGAUCGAUUUUGAUGUAUCGGAAUACCGCGAUCAAUUGGGUGCCCGUCGUUUGAUGCACAAUGAAGAUAAGUCCAAGAUCCUGAUGCACCGCUGGCGCCAGCCAAGUCUCUCAAUCCACGGUGUCGAAGGAGCAUUCUACGAGCCAGGACAGAAGACCGUCAUCCCGAAAAAGGUCAUUGGCAAAUUCUCGAUCCGUAUCGUCCCGGAUCAGACUCCAGAACUGGUGGAGAAGUACGUCACUGAGUACCUGACUACCAAGUGGGCCGAACGUGGUUCGCCGAACAAGUUUGCCGUACGCAUGGCUCAUGGUGGCAAGCCAUGGACGGAAGACCCGAAUCACCCGCACUAUCAGGCAGCCAGCGUUGCUACCAAGUAUGUGUAUAACGUCGAUCCGGAUAUGACUCGCGAGGGUGGUUCGAUUCCUGUUACGUUGACACUGCAACAGACGACCGGAAAGAAUGUCCUGUUGCUUCCGAUGGGCGCCUCGGAUGACGGUGCUCACUCUCAGAACGAAAAGAUCGAUGUCCGUAACUACAUCGAGGGGACCAAGCUACUGGGAGCAUACCUGUACGAAGUGGCCAAGAUCAAGUGAGAUAAUCGUCUGAAUACUAUUAAAUGGUGAUCAUCACAAUAAACAUCACAGUUAACAAGUAAUAAAA